AUGGCCUCUAAGAAUAUCGCAAUUAAUCAAACUCGGAAAGCCAAGGUACAGUGGUGGGAUAAUCGGGAUAUGCACAUCCUAUGCCCAUGGUGUAAGGAGAUCCAUCGCCACGGCUUUAAUGGGAACUAUUCCCAACACCAUCGACGCGUCCCCCAUUGCGAUCCAGUUUUCGACGGAAAAUUUCGACACUUUGACUACGAUAUACAAUUUCCACUAGGCGUGUUGUCAGCAGAUAGCUAUGAGAUUGACAAGGACAAUCUUCGGUUUGUAGCAGGUGGAGCUCAUGUGCCUGACGACGACGACGUCAUCCCGGAGGAUGAGGCAGAUCAUUUGAGGGCUGAUUUCAGGAGAUUGAUCGAGAAGAAACGAAAGUGGACGGAGGCAACCGAGACCGAGAUUAUUGAGAAUUUCCCAACCAAAAAGAUAGGCUUGGUGGUAAGCCAGAUGGUGCAGGGCAAAAUCAUGUAUGUUCGAGAGUACCUCGAGUCCUCCUCAGAGGCCGAUAUCUUCCUUUGCGGUGUCGAAUCAUGGGAGAGGCCUCAGUACAAUGCCUCUGAUAAUGAAAGCGAAGAAAUAAGUACGGAAGAUAAUACAACGGAGACAUUAGGAGAUACAGCAUUACAUAUGGCCGCAUGCGAGUCAUCGUCUGAAAUGGUUCAACUUCUUCUCUCAAAGGGCGCCGACCCUAACGCUAUGAACUGUGAUGGUCGAACUGCUCUCAUGGAGGCAGCACUGUGGGGUCGGUUGGAAAACGUUGAAAUCCUGUUAGAAUGCGGGGCUGACAAGUCUAAAACAUGCAUCGAUAGCGGAAAACUUCGGUGCGCUGCUUAUUUUGCAAAGCCGCUAAAGCAGAACGUAAAGGUACGAAGGAGGCGCGCCGGUGGUGAUGAGAGGCGGUCCAAACCCAUAUAUAUGGAAGAUACGUAUGCAAGGGAUAAGGAUCGCGAAGACAUUGUCUUCCUUCUUGAAGAUGUGGUAGACGAGCUAGGUCCUCACCAGCUAGACACAUGUGUCUAUAAACGCUCGCCCAACGACCGCACGAUGCUCUCCCUAACGACUCACUAUAGUCUUCCCAACGAAUGGAAGACAGUUGCGUAUAUGGACCGCGGUGGAGGGCUUCCAGAAAUUGCUGCCAUGAGCGGUUGGUCGCAUGCACAAAGCAAAAACAUCUGUGUUGCUGGCCGAGACUGGACAGAGGCGGUACUCGACCUAUGUAAAUUAGUUGGAUUUUUCCCGGAAUCCAAUUACCGCGACCGGGGCGUACCAGGACGAUUCAAUGCUUGCCACGCAGAGAAACAGCUAAUUGCGUACUUUGCUCACAAACAUCUAUUUUUAGAACUAGGCAUCCGUAAGGGGUCGGGGGUUGAGUCAACAUUCUCGAUGCUCACUUUGGAAGAGUUGGCGGAUCAGCCGUAUGAUGAAUACAAGGUGAAGCUUGCGAACCUACGGGAAGCAUCUCCGAGUAAUUCCUUAAAGGAGGCCAAGAUAGUUGUCAGUAGCCCUUUAUGCGAUGACUGUAAACGCUUUGCGGCAAAGGUGAAUCGUGUACUAAGGCUGGAUUUGCGGCUAUACCACCGUUGCUUGGAGUCGUCAUGUACUGUAUGUCUGAACUAG